UGAGGGGAGCAAGAGAGGGGAUAAGAAGACGAGACUGAGAAAGGAAAACGGGUGAGGGAAGGGUUUUAGGCCACACAGAGGGAGGGAGGAGAGAGAAGGCCCGUCGUCGCCUGGAGAAGGUGGGAGAGCAGAGGAAGCAAAAAGGGUUGCUUCCAUCUUCUGCGGAGUCUCUCUUCUCAUAAUCAGAAGGAGCGGAAGAAAUUCCUCCUUCGGACGCUUUCCAGCCACAGACUCCUCCUCCUCUUCUUAAGGCGACGACUUUCCGUCUCUCCCUUGGCCUCUGCACGCACACAGCCUCCAUCUAAGCAGUAGGUUAUAAGACCCAUCUUUCCAUUUUCCUUCUUUCCCAGACUUUCCAUUUUGGUUUCUGUCUGUUCUGUUCCUUCUUCUACUGGGAGUUUGGAGAAAGGCAGAAAGGGAAAGUUGAGUGCAGUUUUGGAAAGUUUAGGUUUCGAUUCCGGCUAUUUUAGAAGGAGAGAAUAAAGGGAUUUAUGUCGGCUGGCGCUGAAAUUUGGGGUUACUCUUCUUCUCUCGCUGCUGUCUUCUUCUUGUUGGUCUUCUUACGCAUGUUACGCAUCGAUCCAGUUCGCGAGGGAAUGCGUUUAGCUUCAAAGCGGAUUGUUGCUGGGGUUGCAAGCAGUGGGUGCAGAUUGAUAUUGCCUCUCCAUUCUUUUUUAUUUUUGUUCUUCAGAAGCGUGCUUACGUAAUAGCACUGCCAUCCUUCUUCUUUUUCUUCUUCUUCUUGAUUUUUGUUUUCGGACUUUUUUCUUUUGCAAUUUGAGAAGUGGGGAUGAUGCUGGGUCUUGAGAGGCGAAUCCUCAAUCAAGAGAAGUUUCUAGGGAAAAGGGUGAAAGCAAACAAGGGUUUUAGGCACCCUUAUGUUUCUGAGGUGCGAGAACCAGUGAGGAAGAUCAGGAUAAUCUGUGACGACCCUGAUGCUACAGAUUCUUCGAGCGAUGACGACGAUGACGGUUGCUGCCGGAGGAGGCGCUCUCCUGUGCUCGGCAGCAGCUAUUCCGUUCGGAAGAAGCUGCUUCAGGAGAUUAUAGUCCCCUUUCCCUCCUCUUGUUUUGCUGCCUCAUCCUUGGAUACGGAGAGCUCUGUGAAUAGCACUUCCAGGAAGAAGACAUCAAAGAGCUGCAAUGCCUACACCAAGAAUCCAAAAGAAGGUAUCGGGUCGGCUACUAAGACGUCCAACUGCCUUCCGCCGGAAAACGGCAAGUCCAGGAAAUACAAGGGAGUGAGGCAGCGCAGGUGGGGUAAGUGGGCAGCGGAGAUCAGGGAUCCAGUUAGGGGAGUGAGGAUCUGGCUUGGCACGUACAGUACUGCGGAGGAAGCUGCGAUAGCCUACGAGAGGGCGUCGAGGGAGAUGUUGGAAGGGCAUACCUCCGCCAUCUUUACCAGCAAAAAGCGGAGGGCGGCCACUGCCUCCAAGACUGCGCCUAUGGAGACUUCAUCUUCAGAAGCAUCCCUGUCAUCCGUUUCUGAAGAUGACAACCACCAUGUUGGGCUUUCUUCGCCUUCCUCUGUUCUUGACCCCUCUGCCACCUGUGACUUUGCGGGAGAGCCCGGUUCUUCAAGGAAUUUCUUCAGUAAGACUAAGAAAAAUAUGGACGACAUUUUGUUGAAGGGUCGAAGGGACAAAGAUAGUUCUGCAACUGAGGCGAUGAGCUUGAAUGGGUUUGAUCAUUGUCUCACCAUUCCCCUCCCUACGGAUGACAUUGCGGCCUUUGCAGGACCAUUAUUUGCUAAUGAUUUCAGUAUGUGUUUGGACAGAAUGGAGUUGGAAGAACUCCAUGAUGGUGGUUGUUUUCUUGAUGAUGGGCAGAAAGAAGAUGAUGACAUAUCUACUGAGUUAUUGAAUCUGGAGAUGGAUGUAGAAGCAUUUUCCUGGGUAGAUUGUUGAUACAAGAGAGGCAGAGAAGAAAAUAUUGUUAUGAGUUUUGAUAUAUCAUUAUUCGUCCCAAUUUUGUUUCCCUUUUUCCGUGCAUGCUAUCUACUAGUUAAGUUGUGAAGGUGAGUGGUCUAGGGGAGGGAGGUGAGAAUUUGUAUUUUGCUGUCUUCGUUUUGUAGCUCCUUUUUUUUUUCUCUCUCCUAGUUAGUAUUGAGUUUUGGUAUGGAGGUGAGAGGCAUUGAAAGACUCAGUUGGGGGAGGCAGGAGGAAUCCGUGUCUUCCUUGGGACUAAAUUUUUGGUAUUCAUAUAGAUGCAGGAGAGGGGAAGAAUUGGUCAGGGAAGAGAAGAAAAGAAGAAAAGCUUGGUUUUUCAUGUGCUUGUGAGCCGUCCAGGCUUUGUAAUGAUACCGUUGGAUUCAUCUGAUUCAGUCAUUCCUUGGUGAUAAUAAAUAUAAUAAGCAGUGUUGUUGCCAUUUA